UUCGUAAAAAAAUUGUUUAGCAAAUAGUAAACAUUACAUCUUCCCGAAUGUGUCGAUGACAUAUAAAAGGGCACACACUCCAGCUUCCAAUAUCAGUUGCUUAAUUGAGAACUGAAGUAAACUAUUCUGCCGGCAAGAUGAAGUUCCUCGUGUUAGCGGCUAUUUUAAUAUCGUUCGGUGCUCUAACUAUCGGCCAAAGCCACAACUACUUCUGGGGCUCCCGGAGAGGGUACGAUGUACUACUGAACCGCACAUCCGCCUUCCGGUCUCCAUCGAUGCUACGUGUGAAGUCUAUGGAUUUGCAGUAUCCACUACGGGGCCAGAGAGGUGGCAACAUUACGGCCAUCAACAUCGAGGACCAGUACAGCAAUGGAAAAGGAGGCUAUGCGAAGUUGCUUGCCGGCGGCAUAGGAUACAAUUUCACUAAAAUUCAUCUGAAGUCGCAGAGAGGUGGAGGAUUUAACUUUAUUGUUGAAAUUUACGGUCGCUAGUUUGGAGUACGGAGCUGGCAGUCUUGAUGUUGGGAACUUGGAGGUGAACGGUUACAGUAAAGACAUGAACAUGGUUGGAGAAUAUUAACUUUUUCUAUUAGAUUCAUCUAAUCAGUGAAGACAAUUUGGCUAAAUAUCAUAUACUGUUAUGUGCUCCAUUUUGUUUUUAUCCAAUAAUAAUCGUAUUAUAGAAAUAAAGCACA